AUCUUCAGAGACAGAACUCAUCCUGCUUAGGAACUCCUAAGUGAUGGAGCUGGCAUUGAGUCAACCUCCCUUCUCUGGAACACUCCUGAUGCUGGUGGUUUCAAACUUGCUCCUGUGGGAGAAAGCUGCAUCAAUUCCUGCAUGUAUGGUGGAAGAUGGUGGCUGCUGGGACCCUCUCGAGGAAACAUUUAACAGUGCUAUCCAAAAAGCUGAAAACCUCCGUAAUCUUGCUGACCAGUUACAUGUAGAGUUCUACCAGAACCAAUUCUCAUCUAGACAGUUUGCAUAUCUUAAUUCACAACUGAUGAGAUGGGAUGAGACUGUUGUCAAAACUGGAACUUACUGCCAUUCAACUCUUGCAAGACCCCAAAAUAAAGGAAUAAAUAUUGAAAUUGAAGUGUAUUUACAAACGUUGAUCAAUUUUGUGGGUUCAUGGAUCAGCCCUCUCCUCCAUUUAGUAGUUGAACUGAGUACCAUGGAAGGUGUCCCUGAAACUAUCCUCUCUAAAGCUAAGGAUCUGGAAGAGAACAACAGACAACUUCUGGAUGACCUUAGGUGGAUACUCACCAAGGUCUCUCCUACAGCAGAGAUGAAGGAAGAAUUUCCCAGCUGGGGACAUCUUUCAUUCUUAAAAUCAAGUAGCAAAAAUCACAAAUUUUGGGCAGUGUUUAACCUUUCCAACUGUCUAGAAGAUGAUACAAAGUUCACUCUAUAUCAUCUCAGAAUAUUGAAAUGUCUCAUAACUGGGAAAGAUUGCUAAUUGCACAUUUAUCAUGUCUGCUUGGGCUAUGCUCUAAGACAGUUCAUUGUUGAGCAGUUGCUUUUAAUUGUAUACAUUUCAAAUGCAUGUGUAGGUACAAUGUGUCUCUUUCAAAAAAUAAAAAGAUUCUCUUUCAGCAUGCA